AUGUUUCAGUUGCCAAUGCUGAAUUUCAGCCCCCAGCAGGUAGCGGGGGUGUGUGAGACUUUGGAGGAAAGCGGCGACAUCGAGCGCCUCGGUCGGUUCCUGUGGUCGCUGCCUGUGGCCCCCGCCGCCUGCGAGGUGCUAAACCGGAACGAGUCGGUGCUGCGAGCGCGCGCCAUCGUAGCCUUCCACACCGGCAACUUCCGCGAGCUUUACCACAUCCUGGAGAACCACAAAUUCACCAAAGACUCUCAUUCGAAACUGCAAGCGCUGUGGCUCGAGUCGCACUACCGGGAGGCGGAAAAGCUCCGGGGCCGUCCGCUAGGGCCAGUAGACAAAUACAGGGUGCGGAAGAAGUUUCCACUGCCCAAAACUAUUUGGGAUGGAGAACAAAAGACUCACUGCUUCAAAGAAAGGACCAGACAUUUGCUGCGGGAAUGGUAUCUGCAGGACCCUUAUCCGAACCCGAGCAAAAAGAGGGAGCUUGCACAAGCCACAGGACUUACUCCUACUCAAGUGGGCAACUGGUUUAAAAACCGAAGACAAAGGGACAGAGCAGCAGCCGCGAAGAACAGGUUACAACAGCAGGUGUUGACUAACGGUUCGGUUACGGCGGAGGACGGCGCUGCAGAUCGGCUCGGUAACGCGUCCAGCCCGGAAGCCGGCCUGUCAAGCCAAGCUGCUGCUUCCGCCAUUUCCAUCACGUCGAGUGACAGCGAAUGUGACAUCUAA